AUGUUUUUUUUUCUCUCUCUCUCUUCUCUUCUUCAUUUUCAAUCUUUAAAUAUACAAGCUGGACAACACAUCAUUCUUAGGGCUUAUAUCAAAGGUAAGGCAAUAAAUCGUCAGUAUACACCAAUCAAUUUAAUAUGUUCAAAGGGUUAUUUUGAACUACUUAUUAAGAUCUAUCCUGAUGGUGUUAUGUCCCAGUAUCUGCAGACUAUGAAACCAGGAAUUGAAGUUGAAUUCCGAGGACCUUUUGGACAGUUUUCUAUGCAACAAAUUGUCAAGUUUCCCAGGUUGUUUUUACUUGCUGCUGGGACUGGCAUUGCUCCCUUGUCUUGUGUUAUUGAAUCCAUCUUGGACAAUGAAGAUGACGAGACAUUUGUCCAUCUUCUGUUUGCUUGCCGCUACUAUGGGGACAUUCUGAUGAAGGAAGAACUGCAUGAUUGGUUGGAUUUUUGGAACUUCUCUUCCCUUUGCUGUUUAAGUCAGGAUCAUUCUGAAUCUGUAGGAUUUUGCAAAGAACCCUUACAUUUUGGUCGAAUUACACUGGAUUUGCUGAAGACUGAGAUUAAAGAUUUGUGUAAUACAUAUUUCCUUAUCUGUGGUUCAAACUCCUUCAAUAAAGACAUGGUCAACUUUCUUUUGGAGUUACAAGUCCCAGAAUCACAAUAUUUCAUAUUUUAA